GCGACGGGGCUGCCCAUGUUGAGUUGUGGCAUCACAACGUUCUCGUUGAAACGGGACGGCGCUGAACCUGGCAAAGGGGUGGGUAUGAUUGGGCAUGGGGGGCUGGGGCAUUUUGAGUCAUGGGCGACAAAUCUCGGCUGUAUCAAGGCCGUUUCCGUGUCUCAAAGCUCUGCGAAGAGGAACGCUGCCGGUAAUAUCGGCGAAUCCAACGUUAUUGCCACGGGCGAGAGCAAUUACUUGUCCCAGGAACCUGCGGGUAUGUUGGACAUUAUUGUGUACACAGCCAGU